AUGAAGGGGAGAAGACGGAAACGGGAAGGAGAUGGCGCUGCUGCUGCUGCCCAUGCUGGUGCCCCUUCGUGUGCAGCGAUGGCAAGCAUAGAGUGGGUGCGCCCGUUGUCUCCUCGCUCCUCUUGCUUCUCCAUCUUCUCGCUCAUAGGUUUUUCCCCUCUUCCCUUUGACUUACAUGCCCUGUUCUCUUCCCUCUCGGCUCCGCCGUCUUCUUUGUCCCCUCCGGCCCCAACCUAUGAUUCUCUCAUCCUUUCAUCGUUCACUCUCCCCCACCCCACCUUUCAUUCCCUCGUGUUCUCGUGCCCGCUCUUGCUUCUCAUUUCUUCUCGCCAUCUACCUUUCCCCCUCCUUUCCCCUUCUCAUUCCGCCUUGCCUCUUUUGUCCCCUGUCCCUCCCCACUACAACAGCAGAUUCAUUACAAUCAACAUGUGUUACGUCAAAGCCACACUGGAAAGCGCUCGUCUCCCUCUCGCCCUUCCUCUCCCACCUCCUCCACCUGCCCCUCCCUGCUCCUCUCGCCCUCUCCUCCUCCCUUCGCCUUCUGGGCUCGCACGAGUUCCUCUGCUCGCUGCUCACUACAAAGCUGCCACCAUCGGUGCUGCUGCCGCCUCUCCCUCCCACGCCCAUGCCCACACCCACAUUCCUUCCCCCAACCUUGGAAAAGCAGUGGAGGCAGUAGAGGCGGUGAUGCUGGUACCCGUAUUGGUGGGUGGUGGCUCUGAUGCUUUCGCCUGUCUCAGCUACCAUCCUUUCUCAACCCUGCUGCACCACUUCUUCCAGGAGCCCCUGUACCUCUUCUCGCCCUUCACCCCACUUUCAGAACGAAACAGUCCAAGCCGCGCCCAUCCUCUUGAAUCGCUGAUGGACGAAUCCGUUUCCCCGUCUGUUAAGGAGUGUGGAGGAGGCUCCGGUCCAGAACGCCUCUUCCUCCCGCCUCCCCGCCAAAGAACCUCCGCGAUGCAUCAUUCCCGCGCCCUUCGGGAUGCAGUGCCGUCUGACACCCACUUUGCCGCCAUCGCGCAGCCACUAGUGCCUCCCCUCUCUCAUUCCUUCCAAUCCUCUCUCAUCCCUCCCUCUCCACUCCCAUCCGGCCCUCCCCACACUCAUCCCUCCAUCUCCUCUCUCAUCUCUCCCUCUCCUCUCUCAUCCCGUCCCCCCUCCCUCUCUCAUCUCUCCCUCUCCUCUCUCAUCCCGUCCCCCUCUCUCAUUCCACCCUGCCCUCUCUCAUCCCCCCCUCUCCUUUGUCCUCCCGUCCUCUCCUCUCUCAUCCCUCUCUCUCCUCUCUCGUCCCGACCUCCCCUCUCUCAUCCCUCCCUCUCCUUUGUCCUCCCCCUCUCAUCCGCUCCUCCCCUCUCUCAUCCCCUCUUCCCCUCUCUCAUACCCUCCUUCACUCUCACAUCCGCGCCUCCCCUCCCUCAUCCCCUCCUCCCCUCUCUCAUCCCUUCCUCCCCGACGCUCAUCCCCUCCUCCCCACUCUCAUCCCCUCCCUCCUUCUCUCAUCCCCGCCUCGCCAUCACUCCUCCCCUCCUUCCUUCUCUCAUCCUGUCCUCCCCUCUCUCAUGCCCUCCUCCCCUCUGUCAUCCCCUCCUCCCCUCCUCCAUCUCUCAUCCCGUCCUCCCCACUCUCAUCGCAUCCUUCCUUCUCUCAUGCCCUCCUCCCCACUCGCAUCCCCUCCUUCCUUCUCUUAUCCCCUCCUCCCAUCGCUCCUCAACUCCUUCCAUCUCUGAUUCCGUCCUCCCCUCCCUCAUCCCCUCCUCCCCUCACAUUUCCCCUCUUCAACUCUCUCAUACCAUCCUUCCCCCUCUCAUCCGCUCCUCCCCUCUCUCAUCCCCUCUUCCCCUCUCUCAUACCCUCCUUCACUCUCACAUCCGCGCCUCCCCUCCCUCAUCCCCUCCUCCCCUCUCUCAUCCCUUCCUCCCCGACGCUCAUCCCCUCCUCCCCACUCUCAUCCCCUCCCUCCUUCUCUCAUCCCCGCCUCGCCAUCACUCCUCCCCUCCUUCCUUCUCUCAUCCUGUCCUCCCCUCUCUCAUGCCCUCCUCCCCUCUGUCAUCCCCUCCUCCCCUCCUCCAUCUCUCAUCCCGUCCUCCCCACUCUCAUCGCAUCCUACCUUCUCUCAUGCCCUCCUCCCCACUCGCAUCCCCUCCUUCCAUCGCUCCUCAACUCCUUCCAUCUCUGAUUCCGUCCUCCCCUCUCUCAUCCCCUCCUCCCCUCACACAUCCCCUCCUCCCCUCUCUCAUACCCUCCAUCCCUCUCUCAUCCGCUCCUCCCCUCCCUCAUUCCCUCUUCCCCUCUCUCAUACCCUCCUUCACUCUCUCAUCCGCGCCUCCCCUCCCUCAUCCCCUCCUCCCCUCUCUCAUCCCCUCCUCCCCUCUCUCAUCCCUCCCUCCCCGGCCUCAUCCGCGCCUCCCCUCCCUCAUCCCCUCCUCCCCUCUCUCAUCCCCUCCUCCCCUCUCUCAUCCCCUCCUCCCCUCUCUCAUGCCAUCCUCCCCUCCUCCAUCUCUCAUCCCGUCCUCCCCACUCUCAUCGCAUCCUUCCUUCUCUCAUGCCCUCCUCCCCACUCGCAUCCCCUCCUUCCUUCUCUCAUCCCCUCCUCCCAUCGCUCCUCAACUCCUUCCAUCUCUGAUUCCGUCCUCCCCUCCCUCAUCCCCUCCUCCCCUCUCUCAUACCCUCCAUCCCUCUCUCAUCCGCUCCUCCCCUCCCUCAUUCCCUCUUCCCCUCUCUCAUACCCUCCUUCCCUCUCUCAUCCGCUCCUCCCCUCUCUCAUCCCCUCUUCCCCUCUCUGAUACCCUCCUCCCCUCUCUCAUCCCCUCCUCCCCUCUCUCAUCCCUCCCUCCCCGGCCUCAUCCGCGCCUCCCCUCCCUCAUCCCCUCCUCCCCUCUCUCAUCCCCUCCUCCCCUCUCUCAUCCCCUCCUCCCCUCUCUCAUGCCAUCCUCCCCUCCUCCAUCUCUCAUCCCGUCCUCCCCACUCUCAUCGCAUCCUUCCUUCUCUCAUGCCCUCCUCCCCACUCGCAUCCCCUCCUUCCUUCUCUUAUCCCCUCCCCCCAUCGCUCCUCAACUCCUUCCAUCUCUGAUUCCGUCCUCCCCUCCCUCAUCCCCUCCUCCCCUCACACAUCCCCUCCUCCCCUCUCUCAUACCCUCCAUCCCUCUCUCAUCCGCUCCUCCCCUCCCUCGUUCCCUCUUCCCCUCUCUCAUACCCUCCUUCCCUCUCUCAUCCGCUCCUCCCCUCCCUCAUUCCCUCCUCCCCUCUCUCAUCCCCUCUUCCCCUCUCUCAUACCCUCCUCCCCUCUCUCAUCCCCUCCUCCCCUCUCUCAUCCCCUCCUCCCCUCACACAUCCCCUCCUCCCCUCUCUCAUACCCUCCAUCCCUCUCUCAUCCCCUCCUCCCCUCUCUCAUCCCCUCCUCCCCUCUCUCAUCCCCUCCUCCCCUCUCUCAUCCGCUCCUCCCCUCACACAUCCCCUCCUCCCCUCUCUCAUACCCUCCUUCCCUCCCUCAUCCGCGCCUCCCCUCCCUCAUCCCCUCCUCCCCUCUCUCAUCCCCUCCUCCGCUCUCUCAUCCCUUGCUCCCCUCGGACCCCCAUGUUCCCCCUUCCUUCCCCUCAUUUCCCCCCUCCAACCCUAUCAUUGCCUAUCCUCCAUCCCAGUCUUUCGCCCACUUUUUCCAACCCAAUUCCCAUGGUUCUCCCCUCUGCCCCCUCGCUUCCUGCCUAA